AACAAGUGUGUCAACCUUUGCAUCACAAACCCACUUCAACUGUCACACCGCUGUUUCAAGACUUGCAGAACCUAUGAACCCGUCUCCACAGGUGGAAUUCGGGCCUCAGAGGGCUGUGCAGAUUUCCGCAAUUGUUGUGGUGAAUAUUAUUUGGUGGAUGGUGAUGAUUGCAGCCAUUGGUUUGGGGGCUACACAUGUGGGCCGUUGUCCAGUACAGCCCUACAUCCCCAUCUACCUGAUAGUUUUGGGUGCAACCAGCCUCCUCUCUCUGUCUGUGACCUACACCAAGAGCGUCUGGGGCGACGGCAUUGUUUUCAUCCUGAGCUCGACCUGCAUGAGCUUCCUGCACCUCUUCAGUUUCGGCUGGUUCAUUGCAGGCACAUGUUGGGUUUAUCCUGUAUAUCCUCCCAACUACACACCUGGAGCAGCUCCAUACUGCCAGAAGACAACCUACCAGUUUGCCUUCAUCAUCACCACUGUGGUGUGGGUCACUAUGACCCUCAUCUUUGUCUGUGGUUUUUGCUUCGCUCUACUGACCUGCUGUAAGACUGUAUUUGCAAGACGUAGAUUGAUACCCAACCGUGGAACUUUCUAUGGUGCGUUUAGUGAAGAACCCACUGCUGGUGAUGUGUAAUUUAAGUCUUGGUUCAUGCAUCCAAAUGUCUAAGGAAUGUACCUUUACAAGGAGUUUGACAGGAGUGAAACUUUUCCCAAAUUUUGACAGUAGUGAUUCUGCUGCUGAGUUUUAAAAAAAAAAAUAAAUUGUGGUAGUUUUUAUAGUAUUUAAACAGCAGCUCUAAAACCAGCAAGAAGAUUUUUCUUUGUGCAGUCUUCCUGUGAAAGAUCGGUACCUUACUUCACUUGAGACUUCAGUAACAUUUUGAUAUUUUCUGUCUGUCUGCACACAACAGUUAACGUUUGAAACGACAGAAGAUACACUGUCAGAUAAUCUAGCUGCAGUUCAUAUUGAGAUGGAGAGUUUAAUAUUAUAUAUUAUAUUAUAGAAUAUAGUAUUUUAUUCUACUCUGCUGUAUGUAUGUGUUUUCCACUUUUCUUGACUGCACCACUUUUUAUUGUAACAUUGAAUUGUUUCAAAUAAUUAAAGUUUGAUAUGUCGUUUGCAUGAUUUAAUUGUGUGAAAAAAAUCUUGGGUACCGCUCCUGCUAAGCAUCCAAUGACUGUCUGGUUCUUGUGUCACUACCAACUGUAAUUACACAGUGUAAGGUAAGGUCUUGAA